AUGACUUGCAGUGCCCAAAACCGCGCCGCGCGCAGUUCUAGCUGUUGCCCCUGCCACGUGGCUUGGCUGAGAGUGGACACGCAGACUAUUCUCACCAUCGCCUCCCACAUCAUCACCAAGAACCACCGCAUCGGCGUCUCCCACAGCGACCACCGCACGUGGUACCUCCACAUAAAGGAAGUUCGGGAAUCAGACCGUGGCUGGUACAUGUGCCAGAUCAACACAGACCCCAUGAAGAGCCAAUUAGGCUUUUUAGAAGUUGUUGUGCCGCCGGACAUCCUGGACUACCCCACGAGCACGGACAUGGUGGUGCGCGAGGGCUCCAAUGUGACGCUGCGCUGCGCCGCGACGGGCUCCCCGCAGCCCAACAUCACGUGGCGGCGCGAGGCCGGCGAGAGCAUCCCCAUGCCCAGCGGCCAGGAAGUGGUGAGCGUGGACGGCCCGGUGUUCACGAUCAGCCGCGUGAACCGCUUGCACAUGGGCGCCUACCUGUGCAUCGCCUCCAACGGCGUCCCGCCCACCGUCUCCAAGCGCAUCAUGCUCAUCGUGCACUUUCCGCCAAUGAUCUGGAUCCAAAACCAACUGGUCGGCGCGUACGAGGGGCAGCGCAUGACCCUCGAGUGCAACUCGGAGGCAUACCCGCGCUCCAUCAACUACUGGACGAGGGAAAAAGGCGAAAUCAUCGCCCAAGGCAAGUUGGACCGUAGAACCCGUGGCUGGGAAUUUGUGUGUAUUCUGUUACGAACAAUAACAAGGUGUCUCAAA